UUUUGAGUGCCAACUCUCGGCAGGGUUUAGGGUUUAAGCCACAAAACUUGUCAGUUCUGUGAGAAAAUGGCGAUGGCCACACUUUCAAGACGACUCCACCGUCUCCUUCUCUCAAACCCCAAAACUUGUCAGUUCUCCAUUCCCUUUUCCACUUACCUCUCAUCUCACGAAAGCUCCGAUUCAAGCUCCGAUUCUGACUCCGUCUCCGAUUCCGACAAACUCACUGUCGACCCUAUCGCUGAUUCACCGCCGACUGACUCCACUCAGAAUCGCAUGGUGGUGGAUCGGCCUCUGGAGAACGGCUUGGAUGUUGGGAUUUACAAGGCAAUAUUGGUGGGGAAGGCAGGACAGACACCAUUGCAGAAGAGGCUGAGGAGUGGAAGGACGGUGACCUUGUUUUCAGUUGGGACAGGUGGGAUUCGGAACAACAGGAGGCCAUUGGAUAAUGAGGAUCCAAAAGAGUAUGCUAAUCGAAGUGCUGUUCAGUGGCAUAGGGUCACCGUGUAUCCUGAGAAUUUGGGGAAUAUUGUAAUGAAGCAUGUCUCACCUGGUUCAAUUUUGUAUUUGGAGGGGAAUUUGGAGACUAAAAUCUUUACCGAUCCAGUAACUGGUCUUGUUCGACGUAUACGAGAGGUCGCCAUUCGAAGAAAUGGUCGCCUUGUGUUUUUGGGAAAAGGAGGUGAUGGCGAUCAAGCCUCAAACGUGGAACUGAAAGGCGCCGGCUACUAUUGAAAGCAGGGCUCAAGAAUGAGAGUUGGUAAAGGUUUUAUUGUUGGAAAACCAUUCUAACAUUUGUAACUUUUUUUUUCUUAGCCAUAAGAUAGAGUAGUUGAAAUGGAGGGAUGCAAAUGAUGUUUGUCACCUCCUAUUUUGUGUAUGGGUUUCUUUUAUGGAAAUUUGGAGUACUUCAUUAAUUUUAACUUACAUAUCAUGGAUCUAUGUACAUGUUUUUCUUCAUA